GUCAGCUAAAAGCGUUAAAUGUAAAUGCGAAAGCCGCUGUGAAGACUCAGAAGAAGGGAUUAAAAUCCGCAACGCUGGAUGUUAAAAGCUGAAUCCUCUUCGCCAGCUGCACAGCGCCCGUGGCGAAAUCAGAAAUUCAUGAAAAACUGCACAGAUGCAGCCACAUCAGUCCGCUGCGUGUUGAUCGUCUGCAAAUGUCAUUUUCCUUUAAGAUGAUGUAAGACACUACUUCAUGGGACCUCUUUUUGUCUCUCUCUUUCUCUCUCUCUCUCUCCCUCUCUCUCUCUCUCUGUCUUGCUCAGCCUGGAGCAACAUUAUCUUAAAGCUUCAGCCGGACCUAACGUUUCCUCACUCAGCAGUUUGGAGAGAUGGGUGCGCGCCGGAGUCCCGCGUCCACCUUCCCCUCCGAGAGCAACCUCGAAGCAUGUUUCGGUAUCUCAGCUGUCACGAGGGACGCUCAGUAGCAGAAUGACGGAAUUCGAGCGCGUUUUAAGUUCCUCUUAAGCUGAGGUGAUUGGACCUCGAUCCAGACGCAAGGCGAUGACUCUUGAUGCUGAAAACUUGCUCUAAAACGAAAGUAUUUUACUUUUUUCAUGGGAAAUCUGGUGUGAAGUACGGAUUGUAUUUCUUUAAAGUCACGCAAAUGACCCCUCGCAGUGGAUGUGUGUAACAUGAUGCGCGCUUUGGCUAUCGAUUUGGUUCAUGAAGGAUGCACCGUGGGCAGGCACAUUUACGCAUGGAGUUAGAGGCAUCAUUGUAGGCACACCUUGGGACAUUUUGUCAUGAGACUCUGGAUAAGAAGACUGCAGCUUGAAACAGCACUUUGCUUUGGGUCUGAGGGCAUCAGCGCCAUGCAGCUGCAUCCCACACCCUGAACUUCUGGACCGUUUGCGCUCCAAGACUCAGAUUUUAGUGCACGAUUUUGAAGGGAAAAUGGCACUGAGUGAAAACUGCAAAACGCAACCUGCAAAAGAGCAAGGCAUGGUGCAAACCCCCCCAUCUGAUGUGGUUGAGCUGAAUGUGGGUGGACAGGUGUAUUACACUCGCGUUGCCACCUUGACGAGCUUUCCAAAUUCCUUACUUGGGAAGCUUUUCUCGAACAAGAAGGAGUCUACGAAUGACCUGUCCCGGGACCUUCGAGGACGAUAUUUCAUUGACAGAGAUGGGUUUCUGUUCCGGUAUGUAUUGGAUUACCUUAGAGACAAGCAAGUUGUCCUCCCUGAUCACUUCCCCGAGAGAGGACGGUUGAAACGAGAGGCGGAAUACUUUCAGCUGCCAGAUUUGGCCAAACUUUUGUCCGCUGAGGAGUCAAAACUACUCCCAGACGACUUAUACUACAGUGAUUACGACGACGUGUCGCAGGGUAGUGACCAGAGGUUUUAUCCCCCUUAUUCUCUGGAUAGGAGGUACGGCUACAUCACCGUGGCUUUCAAAGGUGUUUGUGCCGGGGGAUGCAGAGAAAGUCAAAUUGAUGCCAAGACUAGAAAGUUACCGAGGAUCUUCAUCAGCAGCAGAAUCGGCUUAGCGAAAGAGGUGUUCGGAGACGCCCUGAAUGAGAACAGGGACCUGGACAGACCACCAGAUCGUUACACCUGCAGGUUUUUCCUCAAGUUCAGGCACCUGGAGCGAGCAUUUGACAUGCUGUCAGAGAGUGGUUUUCACAUUGUGGCCUGCAACUCUUCCCUGACUGCGUCCUCCAUCGGUCAUUACGCGGAUGACAGGGUCUGGUCCAAUUACGCACAGUACAUCUUCUACCGUGAGUGAAGAUUUAUUCUGCACUUUGAGUAAAAAUGUGAGAGAGACAUGUUGUUUUGUCUGGCAGAAGUAAUCCGGAUAAAACAAGUCAAGUUAAUGUGAAGAAAAUGAAGGGGAAGUGCCUUUUCAUUUCCAGAUUGAUGUCAACUGGAAUAUGUUUCAUGCAUUUUGCUUAAAAGUUAAUCCGCAUUGCUUUCCAAUAUGUAACCCCUUUAAUUGGCUCUAAUGGUUUAUACAGAUGCACUCUGCAGGAAUUGAUGUGUGUUGGCUCACACCACCAGGAGGCACGGUCGGGUUACUUGAAUCUCGGCAGCCCUUGCAGUAGCUGAUGUUAAACUUCUGUUCUGGAUCCGAGAUAGGAGGCGAACUUGCCCACAGGCCUUAGGCAAAUUGAGUCACAAUGCUGCUACUCUUCAAGUACACAUGCGUCACGUGGAGGCACGGGCUACUGCUCAGAAUCUGAUGGCUAAUGAAUAAUAUAGCACCAGUGGGCAGCAAAAAUUUCCCAUGAUUGCUGCUGCAGAUUCUGCGCUUCAUUUUGACUUGAAGACAAGGUUUCUUCAUCUGCAAAUGUCUUAAUUUGCUGAAAAUAUGGUUCCAUCCACUUCUUGCUGAGGGAGGAGUUGGACCAUAUGGCCUAUUAAAAAACACUUUGUUCAUUAUUGUGAAUGGCUCCCUUUGGAGGAGAAGGACAAAAGCUAGUUAGAGGGUCAAGGUUGGGGGUGCAGAGAGAAGACAUGACAUAUGGCUUGCUAAUGAUAACCAAUAUUGUAGUAAUUCAGGUUAAUUAUAACAGAAGGGUCUGCCUCAACCUGCACCAGCACCACCCAGGUAGAAUUUUCCUGAGUCAUUUAGAGCAGCAUAUGGUGGAGGUGUUACCCCCUUCCCCAUUAAGAGACACCACUCCAGGACAAGGACUCGGGGCAGAAGGAGAGGAAAGGCUGGGGAGUGUCUGAUAAUGAGUAAAGCGCAUGCAAAGGGUAAAAAGAUGCAACGUAAGAAAAGCAGAGAGAGGGGAUUCAAGGAAACAAGAAGAAAGAGGCGAGCAGAUGGAGGAAAGAGCGGCAGAGCAGGAGGGACGAGGGAGUAAAAGUUGCAUGAGACCUGGCCAUGGGGAGAAAGAAGUGAGGCAGAAAGAAGAGGGAGGGAGUGACGAGUAAAAAAUAGAGUAUCAGACAGAAAAGUUCACUGAGUGUGAGGGAGAGGAGGGGGUAAAUAUUUCUGUGAGUAGAGAGGCACAGGCAAAGAAGGAGAAAGAUGCUUUGGGUUGGGUAGAAGGCAACGGAGAUACAGUGCGUGAGGAGACUGAGUCAGGAUGAUGGAUGGAUAUAUCGAUGGCAAACAGCCAUGAGGGCUUUAGCUUCACAGAGCAGCCUCCACUUUCUGAACUAAUACUGUAACCUGAUUUUGAAUGUGGAACACCAGCAGGCCCAGGGCAGCUUGUCCUUAACUAAGAAUUCGUGUAGACAAGUGCACCUUUGGGGAGAGCACAAAACAGAUGCGCUUUAUUGUUGUUUGUUGUUUUCAGCGAAACAUUUCUCAGCUCCCCCACUCACCUCUAUCUGCUCUCAGGCUCAUGUCUAGAGAAACAGAGAGGCUGUUUUUGUUCUAAGUGUAAAGUAAUUCAGAGCAGCAAACAAAUUGAGAGAUUUUUCUUCCAGCCUGUCAGUUCCUUAGGCUCAUCCAUGUUGCUCUUCUUGUUAAAGGCGUCUCUUGUUUUCUACAAGCUCCACUGACUUUCAGUAUUAGUGGGAACUCUAUUAAAAAUAUGCCGACAGUGUUUAACCAUAAUUUUACCGUCUUGUAUCAUCUGAAUAAACAGACAGACACUUAUUACCUGACAAAGUUAAGACACUGCUGUUUGUUCCUGUAAAAUCUUUAACUAACAAUUAAUUAGGAAAGGACCCUCAUGUCAGGAGGUGUCACAGUCUGAGUAUUAAUCCUGGAAAACUAUUUUUCCACCUGAGGAUGCAUUUGACAGGGUGACAAAGAAAGGACAGGAUUGACUAUUUGCAUGGUUUUACAUUCACUGAUAGAUAGACAAAGAAGCCGUACAACCAAGAAGUUAAAAAGAGAAAUUAACACUCAAAGUGUUGAGUGUCACGACUACAUGAAAAGUAUCACACCAAUUAUCCUGUAUGUGUAAAGAUGCUGUAGGGAGUUUUUUGCUGGUUAACUGAUUUGAAUACUCAUGUAAUGAUAUUAUCCACUAAAGCAAAAUGAACGCCUUUUCACUCAUGCGCUCAUUAACAUUGCUUUGAAAUUUCAGGACAGCCUACCUCAUAAGUCUUUCCGUGCUGCAAUGUCACGCAUGUCUCUCACUGCUGGGAGUUUUCCCCUCUUACACCAGAGGAGAGGCAAGACAUGGGGUAAAAAGAAAGCUGCAUAUGAGUGUAAUUUUUAAAACAUAUCCAUGAUGGCAGGCAUGGCAAAUAAAUGAGUGAAAAGAUCAUACUGGCAAACAGAAAAGAUGCUUGAGCAGCUUCAUUACGUGCAAGAAGAUCAAACUUGUCACACAAUAUAACUGUAAUGGCUGGCAGUGGAUUUUUCUUGCUGCAUAUUCAACCAGACUUCACGUGGAAAUUGUCCAAGGAGGCUGGCUGGAAAAAAAAGUCUGGGUAAAGUAGGGAUGGAAAAUGUGUUUGUGUUCAUAUGUAUAGAUGAAAUGAGUUGUAUCAUGCCUCUGAAAAAAAACGUCAAUAUCAUGAGCCAUAAUAAGUGAUUUGACAUUUGGCUAUUAAAAGAAAUCAGGAUGAGAUUUUAAUCAGAAAAGAUAUUAACAGGACAGGAUCAUCCAUCCAUCUAUGAUCUAAACUGCUUGUCCCGUUCAAGGUCAUGAGAGGCUGGUCAUUAAAAGGUAGUCAUUAUGAAAAAAAUCUGUUAUUCAGAAAUAAAAGUUCAGAAUUAAGAGAAAAGCCAAAGUCAUAUCAAGAAAAUCUGAUAUAUACUGUCAAAUUCUGAGGUAUUCGAUCAUAAGUGACACCAUAUUACUCCCUUUUCAAUUUUUUCUUCUUGUCGGACAAGUAGGCCUCCGUAGUUGGGUGAUCCUCUCAGGUAAUUUUUCUUGCAGAAAUGUAGGUCUGAGGGUGUUCAGUUUAUUGGACUGAGAGUAUAACAGCUUUACUGUACCGAUUAACAGCUCUAACCUUCCCACUUGUUGUGCGGGAUCACUCUCAUCACCGCUCAUUAUGUGUAGAGAAAGGGUGUGAGAGAGAGAAAGGGGACUGCUGGUUUAUUAAAGCGCAAUCUGUGCUCCCAGAAUAUUUCUUUUCAUCCAGUCUUUCAGGAUGGAGAUGCAAUUUAGAGAGAUGGACGCCUUGCUCUUUUUAAGACAAAUGAAAACACAAUUCAUGUUCUGAAACAGGACAAGGUUAUGUCCAAUCAUAAAUGAAUGAAAGGCAGCUGUCACUGUGGACAAAAUAAAACUCUAACCUUCUUUGACAUUACAGCCUCCACAUCACAGUGGUGGAGCAAAUCAUCACUGAACAGGAGGAGUGGUAAUAUCAGAGACAGUUUCAUCUUAUUCAGUCUGAAAGAGCCAUGCAGAGGUGCCUUGUCAAAAAGGACAGACAUGCACAGUAGAGAUAAAGAAUGAUUACUCCUGCCAGGUGUGCUCUGUUCAUGUAACUCUGCGCUCCUCAUUUGGGCUCUGAAUGAGAUGAUGUGUGGCCAUAAUGGCUCCUGAACAAUGGCCAUGAGGCAGCAGGGAGAGACGCGAGGAAAGUAAUCAAUUGCCGGUGUGUAGUAGGAGCAGAGCUCUGAGAGAGGCUAGUCAGAGUCGGGAUGGAUAUGUAAUGCCUGGAAGAGACGGAUGUUACUCCCAUGAACAACUUAUCUUUAGAGCAUUGGGGCAGAAGGACAGUCAAGAGUGAGGCAGGAGUGUGUGCACUACAUCAGCACGAGUAGACAAUCUGGCUCACCUUGGGAGCAAGUCUGGGUUUAGUGAAAAACUGCAGCUGCAAUAGAAAACCUGUUUUUAAAUCAAUCAUUUUUGACACUGCAUGCAUUAGAUUUUACAGGAAUGUGCUGCGAACUCUUUGAGUAAUAAUGUUUGUUUUCUAAAUCUGACAAAAGCAGUUUUAUCAGCAUCAGUGCAGCUUGUAUUCUAUUCAUUUUAACUUGUAGGGACAUGAAACAUUCACCAUGCGGGGUUAUUGUUGCAAAAUUUCUGUUUGUUUCUGUCAAGUUGCCUUGUUGCCUAGCAACAGGGAUUGGCAGGAUUGUAAAAUUCCCAAAUUGGGACAGAGAGUGCUAAAUGAUAAUAUUUUCAUGCAUGAAAUAGGCUAAUUCACACAAACCCUCACACACUCUCUGUUCCUGCUCAAUGAUUGUGUUCUGGGUUGGAUUUUGUUAACACUACACUGGACAAUUGCUGACUCACAAAUCACAGGUGUUUGAAGUGCCCUUGAAUGCACCAUCAGGGAGAGUUCUCAGCUGUCACUACUGGUAACGUCUUUACCAAGGUGAAAGAUAAUAUGAUUUUAACAUAUUAGAAGACAAAAUAGAGCCAGAUGAGUUACCCGUGUAAAAUCUCCAGUUUGUUCUCGUUAUUCUGGUAGAUAAUUUUCAGACAUUAAUAGAAAACGUCUGUCUCAUCGUCCCUCGCUCUCUUAUUUCUGCACUCUACUUAUCAAGACUUUUACUGUCUGACAUCUUACACCUUAAUGAUCUCUCCUGAGACACUUAAUGGAUACUUGGAUGGUUUGAACUCACUUUGUGGGAAGUGCUGAGAGUUUCCUGAAGAUGGGGAUCCCUUGUGUUGGUAUGUGGAAGGCAAGUUUUGGCAUGACUUUCUCAGGGGGUAAAAAAGGCCUGUUUAAAGAAAAACUAUACAUUUGCUGUACACACUGUAUACGGCAGAAGUUGUGAGUAAAGUUUGCGUGAUGAGAAAGUUCAGAAAAAAUCUGAUGCUUGGUCUGAGUGUGACACGCACUUUCUUCAGAUGUCACUCCCUGAAAAUCACCUUCUUGACAGGACAAGGGAGCAGAAAAGCUCCUCAAGUUUCCCGCAGCCUCCCGGGGCAUCAUUUAGGUGAUGACAGGAGCUCAGUAAAUGCGCAGGGCAGCUUCUCUCUCUUCCUCCCCACCUCGACAUUUACCUCACCAGUGCUUGUGUAGAGGCGGGGAGGAGUGUGUGUGUCUCAGGGUCGGAGAGGCGGAGGCCUACAGGGAGAGGCCGAUAUAGACAUCUCAAUCUGUUUGUAUUGCUUGUUCAUCUCUCCCUGCCAGAGAGACACUCAGCAGGCCACCACCCUUUAAAUUUGGGUGGAGGCAGCACCGGCUUGUCAUCACCGAUCAGCCAGUGAAGCUGUCACUCUCCUCAGAUAAUUUGGACUCGGGCUGUAUCAGGUCUAUGAAAAAGAAAGUGUGUCCUCAAUUCAGUUGUAUGCAUGUGUAAGAAAAAAAACAUCAUGUGUACAUGCAGCAAAAAAGGUUAUGUGAAACCAUAUGAGCCCUGACACAAAAUGCUGAAGUGAUACUUAUGCAGAAAAAGAGGACUAUUUCAGUGGAAUGGAUUUCCCUUUCCCCUCCGAGGACGGUCAGUGUCUUUGCAGGUCAAGCCUUUUUUCUGCUGCAAGGACACGCUGGCCUGAAUUGUGGGCUAACAAGCAUGUAAACUACACUUUUUCCCAGGCCAUGGCUGAGUAAGAAAAUUAUGUGUGUAACUGGAUAUGGAGCUAAGAGUGUGUCAAAGAUCAGAGCGUUUCUUUCCUUAUACAAUGGGAAAAAUAAGUAUUGAACGCGUCAAUGUUUUUCUCUUUACAUUUAUUUCCAAAGAUGCAAUUCAAAUAAAAUUCCUGUGAUGCAUUGGUAUUAAUUCAAAUAAUCCACACAUGAAAAGAAAUCACAACGUUCAAGUCCAUAAAUAAUGAUUAUAUGGAAUUAAAUGCACUAACACAGGGAAAAAGUAUUGAACACACCAUGGAAAAGGCUGUAUACUUUGGCAAGGAAAUGCACCACACCACCUGAAAUCUGUCAGUAAUUAUUACUUGUACAUCCAAUCAGUGCAAACCAACAUCAGCUGGGUUAGCGCAAAUUGAUGGUCCUAUAAACAGGUCGUUUUGUCACCAAGAGGUCAAACAAGACACAUCUCAUGAUGGGUAAAGGCAAAGAGGUCUCUGAAGACAUUCGCCAGUCAGCAUCGUUGGGGCUAUUAUCUGCAAGUGGAAGAAGCACCACCUUACCAUCAACCGGCCACGCUCAGGAGCUCCUCGUAAGAUUUCUGACCAGGGAGUACGAAAGAUGGUCAGAAGAGUACUCAACGAGCCAAGGACCACCCUGAAAACGCUCCAGAAAGACUUGGAGACAGCAAGUACAAUUGUUACAAAGAAAACAAUUGGCAACGCAUUCCACCGCCAUGGCCUCUAUGGACGCUCAGCCCGCAAGACUCCAUUCCUCAAGAAAAAGCAUGUUGAAGCUCGUUUAAAGUUUGCUAAAAAGCAUCUUGACAAGCCUGUAGAAUACUGGGAGAAUGUUGUCUGGUCAGACGAGACCAAAAUUGAAUUUUUCAGCUGUCAUACUACACACCAUGUUUGGAGAAGAAAUAGCACUGCACAUCACCCAAAAAAACACUAUACCAACAGUGAGGUUUGGAGGCGGAAGCAUCAUGGCAUGGGGUUGUCUCUCAUCUCGUGGUAUUGGCAACCUUCAUACAAUUGAAGGAGCAAUGAAUGGAGCCAAUUAUCGGGAAAUUCUUGAUAUGAACCUGCGGCCAUCCACCAGGAUGAUGAAGAUGAGACGUGGCUGGUACUUCCAGCAGGACAACGAUCCAAAGCACACGGCAAAGUUAACUCUCAAAUGGUUUCAAAAAAAGAAAAUGAAUCUGUUGGAAUGGCCCAGUCAAUCUCCUGACUUAAAUCCAAUUGAACAUUUAUGGAAGGAACUAAAGAAAAGGGUUCACCAGAGGGCACCAAAAGACAUUCAAGAUUUAAAGACAAUAUGUCUGGAGGAGUGGGCCAAAAUCACAUGUGAGCAGUGUGGACGAUUAGUUAAAACAUACCAGAAGCGUCUGGAAGCUGUGAUUGCAAACAAUGGCUUCUCCACUAAGUAUUAAAUGAGUCUCAGUUAGUGUGUUCAAUACUUUUUUUCUGUGUUAUUGCACUUAAUUCCAUAUAUUCAUUAUUUAUGAACUCAAAUGUUGUGAUUUCUUUUCAUGUGUGGAUUAUUUGAGUUAAUACCAAUGUCUGUUAGAAAUUUUAUUUGAAAUGCAUCUUUGGAAAUAAAUGUAAAGAGAAAAACAUUGACGCGUUCAGUACUUAUUUUCCCCAUUGUAUAAGCUUAACUCCUCGACUAACGUCCCGAAUGUGCAUAUUCAGCCUGUCAGAUAAUAUUACCCAGACAACACACUGUUUUUCAUCCAGCUCAUCAAAAUAGAUACUCAUUUGUUCUAUUUAUUUUGUAUCACCACCCAAAUUUUGGCCAGAGAAUAUAAUUGUGCUGGAAUCGAGCAGCUACUGAAGCAUUUGAAGAUGAUUCACAGCACGCAGCCUCACAGGAUCAUCUUGUGUUUGGGGAAAAAAAAUGUUUACUUUGUAAAUUGAAAAAGUUAAGUGGGUUUGUUUUCAUAUUUAUUCUGAUUGCUCUAUGUUCAAAACUUGCUUUCAUUAAUUCAGAUUGAGGACGCAGGUCACAUCACUGCAGAGAUUGAAAUUUGAAGAUCAGACAGCUUAGGGUCACUUGAGUAUAAAUCUGAAAUAAAUGUGUGUUAUGGCCUUCUGAUUAUAUGCAAUAACAACACAGAAUUGCUGAGUGAUAAGUCUUUCUUGUUCCUAUUUAUUUAUUUAUUUAUUCAUCUCCCUGCCUCUUGACUCUCAGGGUCUGAAAGCGUCUGUCAGAUAAAAUGACUGAGGCAUGGAGCUGCUAUGCCAUUAAAGAAAUAAUCAUCAGACACCCUUGAUGAGUCAGUCUACGGGCACAGAUUAAAAAAAAAAAAAACACGCUGUCUGGCAAGAAACCCAGUGACAUUUGAAUUUGAGCUUGUCAGAGCCCUCUGCCUUCAGUCCCCGUCAUGUCCUACUUUUCUACCGUUUAAAACCUUUUAAUGCGUAAAAGGCAUCAUUUUAACAUAAUAUCCAGACAGUUGGAUUUCCAUGCAGCUCUGAUCUCUCUCAAGCACGAGGACGAACAUCCCUGCUUUCAUUAGAGCCGGAGAGGAGUCUGAGGAUACCCCGAGUGACACGCCUGCAUUGCUUCGGCAGAGCUACACUCUCUCUCCCUGCGUUAUUUAUGAGAAGUGCACAGCCCGGGUCUGCUCUGAGGACCAGUCUUUUAAUGCGGUUGGAACAUGAUCUCUUAGACAGGCUGUAUGGAUCUCAGAAAACACAUUACAAUCAAUGGCUUCCCUGAAAAGAUACCAAAUAGGGUAUAAUACACACCUACUUGUUUAAAUGUACCCAGGAAAGACUGUAUCUCCUGACAAGGCUCUUUAUAGUUUCCUGUCCUCGCUCUAAACCGUGACAUCUGAACACAGGAUAUGGAAUACGCAGUCAUGUUCUUACACAAAUAGAUUAGUUCUUGCACUAAAGACUUAGCUAUCUGCACAGUUAAGGACAUUUGUUGUAUAAAACAGUAUGCAAGGCCAGGUGCUCCUCCGCCUGUCAGUGGCUUUAAUACAAUUCAUUCCCCCGCACAGUUUGAAAAUUUCAUGAUGCUAUUAUUGGGUGUUGGCUAGUUUCCUAAACGAGUUGCCCCUCUGGACAGCAGCAUCCAUCCAUUUAGAAACAAUGCUCAGCCUCCCUCCUCUUCAUUCUCCUUACUAAAGCGCCUGUAUCCAUUUGCCUGGUACGGCCUGUCUGCCGGAUUCAGCUAGAUUCAUUUUCUGCAGGGGAAAUUGGUGCGCUGAUUGGCCUCUUUACUCAUGGAUUAGCCAUUAAAAAGCUGUUAGUGACUCUCUCACUAUCUGCUCAAUGCAAUCAUCGCACCAGAGAUAAGGUCAUUAUUACAGCGUGUGCAAAGAGGUUAAAAUCCCCCUUGAACUGUGCUCGCUAUAAAUUGGUGCGUGCACUGGAAGGAGGUAAUGGACAUAUUAUUGCUCCCUCUGAGAUAUCAUUGCUGUUAAGUCUGUAUCAUCACAUUGGAAAAAGCCAUUAAGAGCUUUUUAAAGUCAGUGUACAUUAGUUUGUUUCUCAUACACUCUUGUUUAUACUCCAGCCAGCACAGCAGUUUACAGUCCAUUUCUACCUCCUAUUACUUUUAAAUGAGACCAGAGUUCAGGGGUAUUUGUCAUGAAAUACAAACGCAGUGUUAACUCUCCUAACUUGGAUGCUUCUCAAGCCACGGUACAGUGCAGAAGAGCAUUUCCAUGUUAUGAAAAUUAGCAUGGAAAGAGGAUGUCAGAUGGUACAAGGACUUUUCUAAAUAAGGUGGCCCAACAGGGCUCUGACUCAUGCAGGAGUUGCAUGAAGUGUGCACCCACUAAAAUGAUUUGCAUUCAUCUACCCUUUUCCGUCUCUACUAAUUACAUCUGCCUAAACUUCUAACAUUUAAGCACUGCACAGAUGUUGAAAUUGGGGGUGAAUAAUUUCAAAAUAAAAGAUUUGCUUUUUUAAGAUUCUUUACUUUUCAAGGGAUCAAGAAAAAAUGUGGCUUUAAAGUUAUUAUUUGAUGUGCUCAAGAGAUAAAAGGCCAAUGCCUGUGCUCUCCCGACAUUUGCAGGUUGUUAGAAAUCUAUUUCUGGCAUUAUUCCAGCUAAAACUGGACUUUUAAAAUACAUGUAAGCAUUUUAGCCAGACUGAAAUCACACUAAGUCAAAUUUCCCAAAACUGGAGUAACAUACUUAGAUUAUGCAGCUGUGAAUUGGUUUUCUUAUGCAUGUUUGCAACAGAAAAACUAGAAGGGAGGAAAGCAAGACAAAAGCUAUUGGGUGUACAAAAGGUGUAGAGCUAUAAAGUUGUCCAUGUUUUCACCUUUAGACAUUCAGCCUGUUCACUUCUUGUUCACUUGUUUGUUGAUUGUUUUGGUAUGUGACAUGAUAGGUCAACUGGGAGAUGGUCCAGUAUAGUAACUAGCUAAAAGGGGGCAUUGUCAGUCAUAUUAGUCAUAUUAAGUCAUAUUAAAUUGCUAACAAAAUGACUAAAAAUCAAAAUUGGCAACAUUUAAAACCAAAGAAAGCUAGCAGCAAAUUCAAUACUUUUCCCCUCAAGUCCCAGGUCUGACAACCAAUUAUAGUUUAGGGAUUUAGGGUGUCAACCAGGUGUCCAAUCAGGUUUCAGUAGGGGCCUAUGUCACCUGCCUGGAUUUGCCCUUGACAAGAAAUAGAUCCAGGACAAAGAAGGAGGAAAGUGAAAUGAUCUCAUACUGAGCCCUUAUCUGGUUCUCUUCCAUCCAAACGGCCUGACAGGAGGUCAGGACACUCACAUCUUCAUUUAUCCACUGACCUGGUUCUGUAACAAGUAAAGACAAAUUAUUCUUUACCUGCCUUUUCUAGCUUGCUGGUUCCCCGAAGGCACCGUGUUCUCACUGAGUGAUAGAAAAAUGUAAAAGUAAUAAACCUCCUAUGCAGUACCAGGCACUCAGGAAACAGUUUUAACGGGACAUAGGACAAAAAGGUGGCGGCAAAGUAGAUUGUUAUGGCACUCAGAAAAACUCUGCCGUGGGACAUAGGUAAGGGAGCAGCACUGGGCUCUGGAGUUCUCCUUAUCAGAGGAAGCAAUAUGCACGCCCUCCAAGCUCUGUGGGACUUAGCAAUCAAGCGUCAAAGCCAAUAACUUGCACAUUUUGAAAUCUGCAACCCCUUUAAGAGCAUUGACACACUCACGGGAUGUUCCUUUAAAGGCAUUUGUACGACAUUGAAACUGCUGUGUAGGCAUUUGUCAGCAUUUGCUUGAUCAGUGCAACUGUUACUUUUGAUUACAGCUCGAAUCUGUCACUGUACACACACACACGGAGGAGGUACUUGCUGUAACACUACUUGUGAUUGUGUUUUCAGGAGGGCCCUCACGGUGGAUGUCCUCUCACUGUGACUGCUGCUGCAAGAGCCACAAAAGUGAGCGUGAGGGAGAGAGCGGCACUUCCUUCAAUGAGCUCUCUACUUCCUGUUCUGAGACCCAGUCGGAGGCCAGCUCCCCUCAGGGGACUGUGAUCUGUGGUCCUGUGAGUAGGCAUUCCCACAUCCAGACACUGGACCGUCCCAUGCCUAAAGGACCGGGUCACAUGAUGCAGCAGGCGGAGAUGCGUCGCAAGACGGAUGUGCUCCGGGUGAGAACCUUCGGGGUCCGAGAACGUGAGGCUGCAAAGAGGAAAGCAAACAAGGAGAAGAUGACUCCAGAGCAGGAGCUGGAGAAAUGCAUCCAGGACUUCCGGCGCAUUAGGAUUCCUGAUCACUUCCCGGAGAGGAAGUACAUGUGGCAAUCAGAGCUCCUAAGAAAGUACCGUCUCUGAAAAAUAAGGAAAAAAAGACAACAACAAUGUCAACAACAGUAUUAACUACAAAGGCAAUAGACUGCACCCUCCAAGACACACACUGUAUUAAGACAUGGCCACUUUCCCGCCAGCAUGAGUAGCUGAGCACAUAAAGUACAAGGCGGUGUGAGUCCUUGAUUUGUGAAGUAUGCACAGUAUUGUGUGUGAUAUGCAAAUGUGUAAACCAGGUUACUCCUGUUGGGGCUUACACCACCAACCCUACUCUCACUUCAGAGAGCCAGGAGCCAGUCGCACUAAAAGGCUACUAUGUCACUAGAUGAAGCAACAAAGCAACCUCAGGGGGAACAUCAUUUCAGCUCAUCAACCUAUCACUUACUGUUUGUGCUAUUUCCCACAAUAGCUAUUUUUUAAACAUGGAUGUACCCAGAUGGUGCUGUGAGUUAGCGAUUGAAUAUCACUUUACUCCACUAAUAACACAUAAACUAUAGUAGGCUUUGGAAAAGGCACUGCAUGUCAUUUCACCUUUAGCAUAAUUAUGCAAUAUCAAACAAACCUUUGAGUCACUAUUCUGUGUGAUGGGUAAAAGUGAUGUGUUAUGACUGAGCAUUAAUUCAACGAGGAAAGCACUGCCUAGAUCUGUUUGCCAUUGUAAAAUUGUUUGUCCAUUGUUGUCCUAUGUGUUGGAUAGAUGAUGUUGUGUAGGUAGAGUAUAUAAUGCCAAUGGAUAUUUGACUAAUUCUUGAUUGUAAGUGUGCAAAAAAAUUAAUAAAUUGAUUAUAAUUGUAUCAAUGAAUGGACAUUCUU